UAAUCGCACAUCGAAAAACAUCCUUCGUCAAGAAACGUGCAAGUUUAUAAAAUUCAAACUGUGGAGGAAUCAACGACUUCUGCAAUGUGAACUUUGGGGAAUUAAAUCCUCGAGAUGCGUGCAAAGGAAAAAGCUAUUGAACUUACUCAUUAAGAAGCACUCCAGUUGAAGUUUUACAUGAAAGUGAUGUUCUAGAAAAAAAAACACCAACGAUAGCCAUAUUCUGCUGCGUGCCUCUUUAGUGUGUUUGUAGCCCGUUGUGGAUUAUUAUGAGGCGCCAUGGCGUGGUGUGACCGUGGGUGUCAGAUACUGUUGACCAUCGUGGGCGCUUUUGCAGCUUUCAGUCUGAUGACAAUAGCUAUUGGGACCGACUACUGGCUCUAUUCUCGGGCGUACAUAUGUAACGCCACCAAUGUCACCACCGAGGACAUGCAACCCAAGAAAACUAGAGGCGACCUGACGCACUCCGGGCUUUGGCGAAUUUGUUGUAUAGAAGGGAUCAACAAAGGAAGCUGUCUUCGGAUCAAUCACUUCCCAGAAGAUAACAACUAUGACACAGACAGCUCGGAAUACAUCUUACGUAUAGUGCGGGCCUCCAGCCUCUUCCCCAUCCUGAGCAACAUCUUGUUGUUGCUGGGAGGACUGUGUGUCGGGGCUGGGAGGAUCUACAGCAGUAGGAACAACAUCCUGCUCAGCGCCGGCAUCCUGUUUGUGGCUGCAGGUCUAAGCAACAUCAUCGGCAUCAUCGUCUACAUCUCCAGUAAUGCCGGUGACCCCAGCGACAAGAAGGACGAGAACAAUAAGGGCAGCUAUGGAUACGGCUGGUCUUUCUACUUCGGAGCUCUGUCCUUCAUCGUGGCCGAGUCCGUCGGCGUUCUCGCUGUCAACAUCUACAUCGAGAAGAACAAGGAGACGCGGUGCCGGGCGAGGCGUGAGUUCAUCAAAACCACCUCGCCCUACUCCCGUAUCCCUAGUUACCGUUACCGGCGGCGACGCUCCAGUUCCCGCUCCACCGACCCGUCCCGAGAGACCUCACCCGUCGGGGUGAAGAUGGGAGGAGGAGGGGGAGCAGGCGUAGGAAGUGGAGCAAGCUUUGGGAUGCCCAUGAGUGGGAUCUCCAUGUACGCCCUCAGCAGGGACACUAUGAAAAGUGGGAUAGCUGGGUACUGUAGUCCAGAGCGUGACUCAAGUUUCCUGCAGGUCCACAACUGCUUCCAGAAAGAUCUGAAGGAGGGUGUGAACAGGAGAACGACUCCCGUGUGAGAGUUGGAACGAAUCUCUGAACUUGGAAGGAUACAGGAGACUUCACAAAACUGUAAAGGAAACAGCUGGACAGCACAAGACCCAGGAUCAUUGUUGCAGCUACAAAACCCAGACCAUCUUCCAUGUUGAAAGGUCAUAGUUCAUAUGAUGGAGUGUGCUCUUUUCUUUGGUAUAACAAAUUGCCGUCUGUCUUCGUUUGGAUGUGGAGGAGAAAUGGAACCUUACCUAAGGUUUAUUACGAAAAAGUAAAGCUAAUAUAAGUCCAUUUACAAAAAGACUACAGAAACCCAGACCUUUAGUAGCAAUGCUUUUGUGAUACAUGAUAGUGUUUUGCAUACCCCUCAACAAAUGGUAGUCAUAUCUUGUUGUUUUGAUGUUGUCAAGUGAUAAAACUCACUUGAGGGGUUUUGCCAUUGUAACUGGUGCUAUACACUUUCAACACACUUUAAAUAUUCUGAUUACACUUAGAAAAAGGGUUCCAAAAUAGUUGUUUUGGCUGUAGCAGAACCCUUAUUUUCGUUCUGGGUAGAACCCUUUUUUGCUUCCGGGUAGAACUCUUUUGGAAAGGGUUCUAUAUUGAAUAAAAAAUAUGAACAUAAGAUCCCAGAAAUGUUCCAUGCGCACAAAAAGCUUAUUUCUCUAAAAGGUUGUGCACAAAUUUGUUUACAUCUCUGUUAGUGAACAUUUUCUCCUUUGCCAAGAUAAUCCAUCCACCUGACAGAUGUGGCAUAUCAAGAAGCUGAUUAAACAGCAUGAUCAUUACACAGGUGCACCUUGUGCUGGACACAAUAAAAGGCCACUCUAAAAUGUGCAGUUUUGUCAAACAACACAAUGCCACAAAUGUCUCAAGUUUUGAGGAAGUGUGCAAUUGGCAUGCUGACUGCAGGAAUGUCCCCCAGAGCUGUUUCCAGAUAAUUUAAUGUUAAUUUCUCUACCAUAAGCCGCCUCCAACGUUUUAGAGAAUUUGGCAGCACGUCUAACCAUGUCAGCCCAUGACCUCCACAUCCGGCUUCUUCACCUGCAGAUUCGUGUGAGACCAGCCAUCUGGACAGCUGAUGAAAUUGAGGAGUAUUUAUCUGUCUGUAAUAAAGCCCUUUUGUGGGGAAAAACUCAUUGUAAUUGGCUGGGCCUGGCUCCCCAGUGGUUGGGCCUAUUCCCUCCCAGGACAAUCAAUGCCUGUGCCCCAGUCAUGUAAUAUCCAUAGAUUAGAGUCUAGUGAAUUUAUUUCAAUUAGCUGAUUUCUUUAUAUGAACUGUAACUCAGUAAAAUCAUUGAAAUUGUUGCGUUUUAUAUUUUUGUUCAGUAUACAUUAAACACCAAAAGGUUCUACCUGGAACUAAAAAGGGUUAUUCAAAGGGUUCUGAUAUGGGGACAGCUGAAGAACCCUUUUUGGUCCUAGAUAGCAAAUGUUCUCCUAAAACCGGGGAAUUUUGGUAAACUUACUGGAAUUUUGUAACUCUAAUCCUUCUCUCCAACUGUUAUGUGAUACUCAUCUAUCUAUCCUCUGUGGUCUUUGUAUUGGAGGGAACUGGUGUACCUGUAUGUUUGUACUAUUAUCUGAGCCACUGCCAUACUCUUACUAUUAGUAAAUAUCCAAAUACUAACCCUUUGUAGAUUGAAAAUAAGUACGGGGAUGUAUGGAAAUACUGAACUCCUUUUCAUGAAUAACAUUCCAAUCAAUAUAAAUAAUAGAUUUAUUUCA